AUGGCGGACCUCUUCGGUCUGCUCAUGUUUUUCUUACUCUAUGUCUUUGGGUGCCCAACUAGUUCAGGAAAAAUAAAAUACCUCUACAUAUGGGCGUAUUAUAACUAUCUUGGCCUGUUUGCAGUGCAGAAAAGUUGUAAAGGUAGAAGUGAUGGUACAUGUAGUCUCAGUGCUAUCUUUUCUCUCUUGUUUUUCAGGUGUAUUUUUGUGGAUUGUCAAAGUUUGUCUGCUGACCUAUGUAGACUGGAAGGCUUCUCCCCAAACCUCCUCUGUAGCUCAUGUGAUCUUCUCAGCUCGUAUCAACUAGAGGGGCUACAGCCCCGCUGUCAGGAAUGUUGCCAGGACGACAAGGAUUCAUCGCAAUCAGUUGUGACAUACCCAUAUGCGGAACUGGUUGUGUGUGGAUGAAAAUUGGGGAGGUAUCCACAAGUCCAAGCUUUUGUAAAGAGCGACAAAGUGAACCAGUUCCCAGGCCUGACAGUGAAAUACACUCGUGGUGCCGACCCCAUCAUUCGACUCCUCAACGAAAACAAGCAGGUUGAAGAGACACUGGGAAUUGAAAAGUGGAACACGGACUCUGUGGAAGCCUUUUUUCAUGAGCGUCUUCGAAAGUAAUCCUCUAAGGAUGGGAAAUGGUGACAUCAUUUGAAAGAUUCCAGUGACAUGUAUUUUAUUACUGUUGUCUAUCGAGAUGUAAAAUCGUAAUUAGCUGUCACAAGACUUGUCACUUUUCUCUAUAACAUGGAUCACAAAAAGGCUUUUUCCUCUAUAAAUCUUGGAAAAAAUUCUGCCCCGAAUGGCUGAUGUUCAAAAAUGUGUGGAUACCAUUGUUUAUACACAUGGAUAUUGUAAAUUUGUUUUCAAGGGGAAUAACUCUUUCUGUGAUUGGUUUUAUAGUCAGCCUCUCUUGCCAACCAUCCUCUCCAUGAUGACUUUACAUUUAAACCUGUUGGCUUGUAAAGUUGGAAGAUCGAAGGUGAUUGGCAAAUUCAAAUGUUGUUACCAUGAUACAUAUAUCAAAUUAUAUUUUACACACCUUGCUAGAAAUAUAUUUAUUUAUUAAGCAGAAGUUUUCAAGGUUUGUGUUCAGACAUUAUCAUGUUUUAUCAUCAAAUGUCUUUUUAUUGUCACUUUUACUAAGUCACUGUGAAUAAAACAUGUGCAUGUGGAAG